AUGGCACAUCCAACAUAUGGGUGUGCCAAAAUAUUAAAUGUGCGUGUGAAGAUAACAAUCUCAUUCUAUACAGCCCUAAAACCCCAUUUUCUUCCUGGGUUUCAUUCAUCAAUAUCAAUCAUGGAUUACUUCAGGUUUCUCUCUCUUGAGAUGACAUUAGAGAUCUUAACUCGCUUACCAACUGAAUUGGUCCUUGAAUGCAAAUCAGUAUGUAUUGAUUGGAGAUCUCUUGUUGGUCAUCCAUCAUUCUCCAAGUUGCACUUACAUCGUCUCAAUCAUCCUGAUGCUGAAUCUGGUAAGUCCGAUUUUCUUGUUUUGACUUGUGGGCAUGAUGGAUUAUACUAUCUUGAGUAUGAUGAGAAUCACGAUCAUUCAACAACACCCAUGCAGAGAAUUACAAGAAUUGAUUUUACCUCUCCGUUUAAGUAUUUUGGUUUUAGGUUUGUUGGUUCCGUUAAUGGGUUGCUUUGUUUUAUCGACUUCAUCAACCAACCUAUUUGUGUUUGUAACCCUAUCACCAGAGAAUAUGUUAUUCUUCCCGAAAUCAAGAGAGAUUGUGAUACUGAUGGGUAUAGUUAUGGGGAGACCAACUUUGAUUAUGUUUUUUCAACCAAUGAAUACAAAGUUAUAGGAUUUUAUAAGUCCAAGACCCAUUUUGAAGUCUAUAUAUACAUUCUAAGCAGUGGCAAUGGAUGGAGGAACCUUGGGAAGUUCAAUUGUGGAUCCAGCCUAUAUUUGAAAUGUAAGGUUUUCUUUGUUAAUGGAGCACUUUAUUGGCUGGACAAUGAAUUAAAAAUGAUUGGUACCUUCGGUUUGGCUGACGAGAAGUUUGGUGGACAGCUUUUACCACCUCCUUUGUCACCAAACGGUGAAUGGCUUAAUUAUAGAAUAGGGGUUCUGGAUAGGUUUUUCUUUCUUUCUCUUUAUGAAAAAGUAGACGGGUUUCAUGACAUAUGGCUACUGAAAGAGAAGAAUCUUAAUCAUGACAAGGAAGAGAGAAAGGAACACCAGUCACUGGUUUGGAAUGAAGAGUUUAGGAUUAAUAAAAUGGACUUAUUAGCCGUUAUGAAGAGUGGUGCCGUUUUUACUUAUGGCGGUGGUAAGUAUAUCAAUCUUUACGAUACAAAAACCUCAACCUCAAAAAGCCUUGUAAAGUUUAAGAAUUGGAUUCUUGGGGAAUCCACUCACAAGAAUACCUUAGUUUCUUUAAAAAAAUUAGGGGAAGAAGAUACAAAAAUUAUGGAGUCGGUUAAUAGCCGUGAGCAGCCACAGGAGGAUGCAAAUCCUGAAUACAUAUACUUGUAA